CCUGAACAUACGCACUAACACACCAUUCGAUAAGGGCUUUAUAAAAGGGCGAGCACUUUUCUUGUCUGGCAGUGAGACAGCAUGGAGACAACAAUCCUUUUGACUUUGCUUGUGGGAGUGGUUCACUUGGCCAGUGGAGCUUCAUACUCCUGCCCAAGCUGCCCCUCGACAUGCCCCCCGCUCGACCCCGCCUCCUGUCCUUAUGGUGUAGUAACCGACAUGUGCGACUGCUGCGACGUGUGUGGGAAGGGACCUGGUGAGGUCUGCAGUGAUGUAAAAUGGAAAUGCGGAAAUGGCUUAUAUUGUUUAUCACUUCCCAACUAUCCUUGUUGCUACGGACGCUGUGUACGUAAGGAUGCGGAAAGACCGGUGGCUUUAAUUGGCAUAUUCUCUCCGGCCUAGUCCCAAAAUUUGGUCUGAAAAGACGCGUAUCUUUAAAGAUCAGAAUAAAUGCAUCCAUUCAA